GAGACAUAUGGACAUAGUUUCCAUUUGAAGCACUAUACAACUCCAAAAUCGUGUCAUCAGUGUCAUGAUGUGUUGUGGGGAUCUCAAAAGUCAGGAUACGAAUGUUCCAUCUGCAAGUACGUUGCACAUAGACAAUGCCUAGACGUGCUCACCAUCUCUUGUCAAGAGCAACAAGGCCUUCGCCACAGCUUACCCAUCUAUCUGCUGGCACAUGAUAAACAUGAACAAAGACGUUGGAUCCGGACUAUUGAGCUUCACCGCAAGCGCGCCGAGGCAUCCAUGAGUAGCAGUAACAAUAGUCAACACCCCGUAGGCAUUAGUCGUAGUAACAGUACACAUACUAGCCUUGGUGCUGACGGUACUGCUAUUUCUGCAGCACCAAUUUCACAAGUACCAUCCGGAGAUAUACCUGCUGCAACAAGUCCUUGA